AAAGAACCGCAAGCUAGAAAGACAACUAGAGAGAGACUGGUCAAACGCUUGUUCCCCGAGCGUGGGUCUUAAUUUUCAAUAUCAACGCUUUAUCAUGGACUUGCAUUAAUUUUUCUUUCUUUUGUAUAGUUAAGUUCGUUUUAUUUUCUUUAUCCAAUACAUAUACUGACAAAAAACAAACAAACACAGUUAAAUGAAAGAAGACAGUAGACAGUCACUUGGGAAACUGUGUUUGAGCUUAGCUGAACUGUUGCUACUACACUACUCUCCUGCUAAUUGGUUGUGUGUACUGUGUACCCUCGAGUUCUUCACCCCACUCUCUUGCUAGGGUUCUUUCAUCUUGCUUCAUUUUCUUGAAGUUUGAGCCACAUUUGCACCCCAACCCCCCCGCCCACACCAACAAAGGGAACUGCUGUAGCUUGUUUUCUUGAUUUUUCACUUUCUUGAGAUCUUUUUGGUCUGGUUGGUCUUUGCAGAAAGCAAAUUUAGUUUUUCAUUUCUACAUCUAUUGCUGAGAGGAAAUGAGCAUGCAGACACCAAAAGCAAGGACUGCUUCUGUUGAGGUGACACAAAGGACAUCUCCAUCUACAGCAAAGACAGCUCGAAAGCUCAGAACUUCAGGGACAGCAGAGGUUGAUUCUGUUUCAUUUCCAAAUCCAGCAAGCAGGACACCAAAAGACAGGAGUCCUAAAGUUAUUGGUCGCCGGUCACCACAAAGUCCAGCAAUAGAGCAGAAGCGUCCGGGUAGAAUGUCAGCUUUGGAAGACCAGCUUGCUCAACUCCAAGAGGAGGUGAGGGCGGCAAAGGAACAGCUCAGUUUAUCAGAAUCGUUGAAGGAAACAUCUCAGCAAGAGGCUGAUGAAGUUAAGAAGCAGCUUGCAGCAAUGUCAGAAAAGCUUGAGAAGACUGAGAAGCAACUGCUUGAGCGCUCAGAUUCUGAGGAAGCUCGAUUCUUGGAGCUACACAAGAUCUCACAAGAUAAGGAUCUAGAAUGGCAAUCUGAACUUGAGGUUGUGCGGAAGCAGCAUGAAUUGGACUCUGCUGCCCUAGCUUCUUCCCUGAAUGAAAUCCAGAAGCUUAAACUUCAGCUUGAUAGAGUAGCUGAUUCUGAAGCCAUUCAAGUUCGCCAUGCUGAAUCAGCUCAUGCUGAGACCGAAAGCUUAAGGGUACAACUCAAAGAAACCCUGACAUUGCUUGAGCAAUUGCAAAACCAGUUAAACAAAAGCAAGGAAUCUGAAGCUGCUGUGCUUGAGGAAGUCAGUAAAGCUCAGUUGGAAUUGGAAGUUGCGAAGAUGACAGGCAAUACUUUACGCUCGGAAGGUCUGAAGGCAAUGGAGGCUUGCAAUUCCUUGUCAUUGGAGUUGGAAAAGUCAAAGCGUCAAGUGGCUGCAUUGGAGGAAAGUGUCAACAUGCUCCAGUCUGAUCAAAGCAGCAAAAGUGUGAACCUGGUAGAUCCUGCAGAAAGUUCUGCAGCUGCACAAGAAAAUGGAAUCAAUGCGGAAGCUGAUGAACUAAAAACUGAGUUCAGUAAUCUUAAAAAUGAGGUAAAUCAACUACAGGCUGCAUUGGAGGAUUCUGAGAGAAGGUAUCAGGAAGCAUGCAUCCAGAGCACCUUGCAGAUAAGAAGUGCUUUUGAGAUGGCGGAGUGCACAAAGUCUGAAUCGAUUAGAAGCGAGACUGAAUGGAACUUGAGGUUAAAUGCUGCAAAAGCAGAUAUGGAAGAGUUAAAGGAGAAACUAAUGCACAAAGAAGCUGAAUUACGAAUGAUUUCAGAUGAAAAUAAGGGCCUGAAUGUACAACUCGAAGAAAUACAGGCAGUUGACCGAGAAUAUGGCUUACAAGAUGAACUGAAGAGAUCAGAGUCAAUCUUGGCAGAUUUAAGGGCAAGUUUAUCUGAUCAAGAGACGGAGUUGCAGCGUUUCACUGAGGAGAAUGAGAUGCUGAAGUUGGAAAUCAAGAAGAGGGAAAUAGAGAGUACCAAAGUGAAUGAUGAGCUUCUUGACUUAGCAGAAGCCGCGAGAGCCGCUGAAAGAGAGGCUCUGAUGAAGCUGGGGUAUUUGACCGAGGAAGCAGAUAAAACUAGCAGAAAAGCAUCGCGGAUCAUCGAGGAGUUGGAUGCAGUGCAGACAACUAACUCUGAGAUGGAAGCUGAGUUGAGGAAGUUAAAAGUACAAUCUGAUCAAUGGAGGAAGGCUGCUGAAGCAGCUGCAGCUAUGCUCUCAACUAACAACAAUGGGAGAUGCGUUGAGAGAACAGGCUCUUUAGAUUACCAUACUAUUGGUGGCAAGCUGCGUUCUCCUUUGUCUGAAGAUUUGGAUAAUGAUUACUCAUCCAAGAAGAAGAAUGGCACCAUGUUGAAGAAGAUUGGUAGUUUAUUAAAGAAGGGCCACAAAUAGAUGCAUAUCAUGCAAGUUUCAAAUAGACGUUGUUCUCUUCUUUAGUAACCAUAAUCUACUAUUUUCCCUUCCCAGGUACUCUUGCUGAGUUUCGGCCUCCUGGAAAAAUCUCUUAGCUGAUUUUUGUAAAGCUAUUCCAGAAUUGUAAGAGACCUCUAUGAUCUCUCCUGCCAAUACUGAUAUGCUUCCUUAGUAGAUAGUAAGCAAUGUAGCUUCAUUUGCGGCUUUUCAGUUGGAGCGUUCAUAUGUAGACAGCUGAGCAUCCGAACAAUGUUUCUGUUGGUGUUUGUCCUGUUUCUUAUCAUAAUUGGGUUUUCCUUUAGGUACCA